AUGAUCAAAUCCUCAACUAUCGCCGCAUUAGUGCAUCGUUUCGGUGGACCAGAACAAAUUGAGAUCGCACAAUGUGGAAUUCCUUGUAUUAAAAAUGCGAACCAGAUCCUAGUCAGAAAUCAUGCCUCUGGAGUGAAUCCAGUUGAUACUUAUAUCAGAGCCGGUCAAUACGCAAAACUACCAACUCUUCCAUAUGUUCCAGGCAAAGAUGGAGCAGGAGUAGUGGAAUUAGUUGGAGAGAACGUGAAGAAUGUAAAGGUUGGAGAUAGAGUUUGGUUUGGAAUGGAAUCGGGAACUGCUUCACAGCAUACGGUUGUGAACCGCCCGUUUUUGUUGCCAGAAGGAGUCUCAUUCUCGGAAGGAGCAUCUUUGGGAACUCCUUACAUGACUGCGUAUAGAGCUCUUUUCCAUCUUGCAGGUGCUAAGACCGGUGACGUGAUUCUGGUACAUGGAGCAUCUGGCGGAGUGGGAAGUGCUUUAAUGCAGCUGGCUGCGUGGAAGAAAAUUGAAGCUGUUGGCACUGCUGGAUCUAAAAAUGGAAUUCAAUUUGUCAAGAGACUCGGUGCGAAACAUGUCUAUAAUCAUUCGGAAAGUGGAUACGUUUCAAAAAUGAAAGCAGACUAUCCAGGAGGAUUCAAUUACAUAUUUGAAAUGUCUGCUCAUACGAAUCUCAAUACGGAUCUUGGAUUGUUGGCUCCACGUGGAAAAGUUGCUGUUAUUGGGAAUCGUGACGAGACUAAGAUAAAUGCCAGACAACUUAUGGCUACUGAAGGAUCAGUUUUCGGAGUUGCAUUGGGACUAUCAACUGAAUCUGAACUCUCUGAUUUUGGAACAAACAUCGUCGAAUUUCUGAAAGAAACUGACUUCCGUCCACUUAUCAACAAGGAAUAUAGUUUGGAACAGAUUGAACAAGCUCAUAAAGAUAUUAUGGAAAAUACUGGAGCCAAGGGAAAUCUUGUUAUCAGAAUUGAUUAA